GAUGUUUUCAAAUGUUCAGCAGUUAAUGCUGAAAGAAAAUUAGUAAUUGCAGAAUUAUUAGCCCAAUGUAAUAGAAAUAAGAAUUGUCCAUAUUGCGAUUCGCAUUAUCGAACAUUUAAAAAAGAAGGAUAUUCUAAAAUUUUUCUCAAACCAUUACCUCUCAAAAUUCAAAGAUUAGAAAGUGCAAGAAAUGAUGUGCCACAAAAUCGUGACGCAGAUGAUGACAUGGAAAUAGAUGAUGAAUUAGUAG